AUGCCCCAGAAACAGGUCCCGACCCCGCAGCCCGACGGCCCUCCAGGCGCGUCCACCUCAACGUCGCCCGCUGCCAGGCCGUCGGUGACGCGCUACGCCUGCGCCGCCGCGCCGCCCCGUGACGUCAUGGCGCCCGCGCCGCCGCCGUCUCCGCGGUCGCGUGGGUCUUUUCCUAGUAGCCUGGGCGAUAGCUGUCUUUAUAGUGAAUGUUCACAAGGAUUGUCUUCCGGCAUGGCCUUGGGAUUAAGAUGCUUCCGCUUGGUCCACCCUGUCUUUUGUAACUCCUUUGCAGCCUUGACCAGACCUGUUUCAGAAGUGACGCUGAAGACAGUGAGUGGCAGACAAAAUGACCAUGGACAAUACAUGGCCUCACCAGCUGUACCAAUCCGUUAUUUCGCUACCAAGAAAGCCAAAGCCAAAGGGAAAGGACAGUUCCAAACCAGAGUGAAUCUUAAUGCUGCCUUGGUUGAGGAUAUAAUCAGCUUGGAAGAGGUGGAUGAAGAAAUGAAGUCUGUGAUAGAAGCGCUCAAAGAUAAUUUCAAUAAGACUGUCAAUAUAAGGACCUCACCAGGAUCCCUUGAUCAUAUCACUGUGGUAACUGCUGAUGGGAAGCUUGCUUUAAACCAGAUUGGCCAGAUCUCCAUGAAGUCUCCACAGCUGAUUUUGGUGAAUAUGGCCAGCUUCCCAGAGUGUACAGCUGCAGCUAUCAAGGCUAUAAGAGAAAGUGGAAUGAAUCUGAACCCAGAAGUGGAAGGGACGCUAAUUCGGGUGCCCAUUCCUAAAGUGACCAGGGAGCACAGGGAAAUGCUGGUGAAACUGGCGAAACAGAACACCAACAAGGCCAAGGAUUCUUUACGGAAAGUUCGUAGCAACGCAAUGAAUAAGCUAAAGAAAUCAAAAGACAAGGUCUCCGAGGACACCAUUAGGCUCAUAGAGAAACAGAUCAGCCAAAUGGCCGAUGAUACGGUAGCAGAGCUGGACAGGCAUCUGGCAGCGAAGACCAAAGAACUCCUCGGAUGAAAGCCCACCAGGGGCAGCGGUACUCCAGAGCCUGGUUUCUGGUGGAGCCCGUGGGUGGCACUUUGGCACCCCUCUUCCCCGUCUACACCGAAGGCUGCCGUCUUGCAGUUGUCAGUGUUUGUGAGGCUCAGCCUUCCAGGCCUUCUGGUGGGGCACCCAGACUUGUUCCUUCUCUUCUUCCUGCUCCCUGUCCACCCCAUUCUGCCCUGGCCCUCUGCCAUGGGUGGCCCUCAGAGAGUAUCUGUUGCUGACAGAUGGCCUCUACUUCAGGCAUUUGCCCUGAUCGUGACAUUGCCAAGCAACUAGGACUAUUGGCAGGCUUAGCCCGUCUGUUUCUCAUCUUGGGAGCCUCCUUUUCAAUUAGUCAGGCCCUGUCCCCAACUUUGAACUCUGGGCUGGUGUGGGCCUUCACCUGUGACUGGAUCCCUUCGCCAGAGGCCCGUUCUUACGUAACAAUAAAAUCAAAAUAAAUUGUAAAGAAUAACAACCACAAAGGAACGGGUAGAGUCAAUCCGGAUUAAUGUUCCCUAAGGACCUUUACGGAAAGCCACCAGAACAAUACUUUUGCCUCUGAGUCAUCUUCACACAUGCUUUUUUCUCUGCCUCAACCGUUCCUCCGCCGCUGACCUACCUGGCCAGUCCUGUUCAUCCUUCACGUCCCUGCUUGGGUACCACUUGCUCCGGGAAGUCCUCCUCAUUCCCCCAACCUAGGGCUCCUAUUAUUGGCUCUCAGGACUGUCUACUGCUUUGAAUUGAACCUUUUUGGUACUUAGUCUCUAGAUCUUCAUUUUCCUCAGAUCUUGGCGUAAUGUCUGGAACAUAGUAGGCAUCGAGAUGUGUUGUGAAUGAAUUGCACAGAGUAGCCGCUCAACAAGUACUGGCUUCUUUUCCCGUCCUUCCAAUCAUAACACCAUCAUUCUGUCAUUUUCCACUCUUGCCUCGCCUUUGUCCUCAGCAUUUACUUGGUGAUGAGAUACCUUUCCCCCAGGGCCCGCCUGUUGUUGACAGACAAGUGGUUUGUUGUGGCUCAUCUUUGGGUGCUGGGUUGUUAGGUUUUUUCUCCAGUAAACAAUCGAUUGAUUCUCCAAUAAUAAUUAAUCUUCCUUCCUUCCUUCUUUUUCCCUUUCCCUUCCCUUCCUUUCCUUUCUUGCUUUCCUUUCUCUCAUUCAUAAUAUAGCCGUCAUGAGCUACAUGCAGUUCUAGGCAAUAUGUUUAAUCUUCAUGGUACAAUUGCAAGAUGUAUAUUCUCUCCACUUUACAAAUAGAAAAACUGAGAAUGGGGACUUGAGAGUAUUGGGUAACUUGCCCAAAGUAACAAGCCUAGCAAGUGAUAGAAGGUUCCAUUCUUCACUGUCAGUCUCAUUUUACCAAGAGGGAGGAGCUCAAAAGAGGUCAAGUUUCUUGCCGGGGGUUACACAGCUAGCAAGUGGCAGAGCUGGGAUUCAAACUGAGGCCUGAUCUAAAGCUUGUGCUCUGCCCACGCAUCCUGCAGCCUUCAUAAACAUUGAUUGAACACACUGUGUGUCAGGUGCUGUGCUACAUGCUGGGAAUGCAAAAAUGGGUAAGGUGUGACCUCUGUCUUUGAGGGGUGCACGGCACACUGGACUGUCUCAGGUGGAAGGUAGGAAGUCCAUUCCAGUUUUGUCUGCCUUUCGAGUGGCCCCCCCUUGGGCAGCAGCCAGGCCUGGCCGCACUCUUUCGAAGCAGCACCCAGCUUCCCUUGCUGUCUGACUCCUCUCAUAUUCUAUCCCUUGCGGGAAGUCUGCUCUUCUCCCGCUGCUUGUACUAGUGGCGCACACUGUGCACAGCCAGUGGGGGUUCAAGGUCAGAAUCAGGUCAAAAAUGAAAGAAGCUAACAGUCUCCUGCCCCGCUUACCUGUCCUCGGUCCAACCCCUCUCGCCAGCCCUGAGUGGCCAUCACACGAUCGGAAGUCAGCUGAGGGAAGAACAGGGAUGGAAAUAGCAAUCGAGGAGCCUUUUUUGGGGUAAGCCACAUGGCGGGGGCAUUGCAGCAGCCUUUCGUGAGUGGCCGAAAGCCCCCACUCCUAGCAAAUGUGCUUCUCAAAGAUGCAGGAUUUUUUAAUAAACAGAGGAAAUGAUAAAUUAUGUUGUAACUCCACUCCAAAGACAUUUGGUUCUUAACAGCCAAAUCCUCUGUAGUCUUUAAAUAAACAAAAACUUAUUUGGUGAACAGACAGGGUUGGGGGGGGGGAGGUUGGAAAAUGAAAGAUUUUCUGUACUUGGGUCCCACAUGUCAACAAUUUCUCUCCUGUGUGUAUGUUGGCCAAAGCUGUAUAUCAUGAUAAAUGAAUAAAGGAAAACCUCCAGCCCAGGGCAGUCAGACGGCUCAGCAAAUGGCUUUCAGCUGAUUGCUCUAUUUUAGCUGACAUUUAUCAAAGAGUUUCUCUGUUCCUCUGUGUCAGGGCUGCAAUGGUGGCAGGGACGAGAACGGGACUACCUGUUUGGAUCCGCUGAGUAAUGAGGAAUGCUGGAGCAGUGCUUUCUCCCUCUCCCCUUCCUUGAGCCUCUUUCUCUCAAAAGGAAAAGCUGGGUAUGGAAAUCCCUUCCCUUGCCAGAAGAAUUAACCACCUCCUCUGUUCAGUUAAACUGCUUCCCAAGCCCAUGAAAAUGACAGGCCAAAGAGAAAUUGAGAACUUUUGUCCUAUUUAUUUAUUUUUUUCUUUUUUCCGUGUGCGUGUGUGUGUGCGUGCGUGCGUGUGUGUGUGUGUGUGUGUGUUGGAAAUUACAAAAGAAACUGGGAUGUAAAAAGUUAAAAAAGAAACUUCUUGUAAGUUCCUAAUCUCACUCCCCUUUGACAAUUAGAUGUAUAUCCUUCCGGAUCUUUCUCUAUACGUACAUAAUUUUUUAACUUAUUUUGAGAGAGAGAGAGCGCAUGCACAAGCUGGGGAGGGGCAGAGAGGGAGAGAGAGAGCAUCCUAAGCAGGCUCUGUGCUGUCAGCACAGCAUCCAACACAGGGCUCAAUCCCCUGAACCAUGAGACCAUGACCUGAGCUGAAAUGAAGAGUUGGACGCUUAAACAACUGAGCCACCCAGGCACCCCCAUACAUAAUUUUUAAAAAGCAGGAAAGGGAACUAUUCUGUUCAGACUCUGAAGCUUGCCUUUUUUUUUUUUUUUAGACCCAGCAACACAUCAUGGCCAUCUUUUCAUAGGUGAACAUAGAGAUAGAGUUCACUCCUUUUUCAUUGCAAUGCAGUAUUCCAUAAUACAGGUAUACCUGAACUGACUUCACUGUUACCCCCAUGAUAUUAAAAAAAAAACAUUUCAAAUGCAUUGGAGGGUGUUUCUAUUUAAAGGUGAUUUGGGGGGGGGGUGCCUGGGUGGCUCAGUCGGUAAAGCAUCCAACUUCAGCUCAGCUCAUGAUCUCGCAGUCUGUGAGUUCGAGCCCCACGUCGGGCUCUGUGCUGACAGCUCAGAGCCUGGAGCCUGUUUCAGAUUCUGUGUCUCCCUCUCUCUCUGACCCUCCCCCGUUCAUGCUCUGUCUCUCUCUGUCUCAAAAAUAAAUAAACGUUAAAAAAAAUUAAGAUGAUUUUUAUUUGUUUUUUGAGGAAAAACAACCCCCAUUCUAAGUUUAUCUGUUUUGGUGAGUUUUACCUACCCUUCCUCAACCUCAGACUAACAUUUAUUGAAUGCCUAUUGUAGAUGAGGUACCAUGCUGGACACUUUACGUGUGUUACUACAUUUAAACUUCUGAACAAUGCUAGCUGGUGUAUUAUCUCUGUUUACAUAGGAGAAAACUAAGGUUCAGAAUGGGCAUUUAAUUUGUCCAAGGUCACACAGCUAGCAAGUGCCAGAGUGAAGUCUGAAACUCAGAUCUGACUUUGAAGUAGGUCCUUAAUCCGUGCACUUCAGUCCAUAAGUCUUCACCAAACACUUAAUUCGAAAUUCACUCAGCACUGCUCUAGGCCCCAGAGGUGAUAGAAGAGAAGCAGAAAACUCACUUUCAUGAAAACAAUUAGCUAUUUCUAAGAAAGGCCCACGUUGAAAGCUGCAUAGGACGUGGCACGUGGUAAACACUGAAGGGGUGGUAGCGCUAAGGGCGACAGUAAAGAUUUAUAUUUACAUUAAUUCUACCUCACCUGUUUGGCAGAGUCCUCUAGAACUUGGAAGAGAAGCAGUGAAUGAGCGGAAAGACCACCAGCAGUGAAUAAUGGUAAUAAUGACGGUCAUAGUGUUGGUGGCACCAGUAACUGAUACUGGCUGAUACUUUUAGUUUUCUUUUUUUUUUUUAUUAAAAAAUUUUUUUUACAUUUAUUUAUUUUUAAGAAACAGAGUGAGACAAAGCAUGAGCGGGGGAGGGGCAGAGAGAGAAGGAGACACAGAAUCCAAAGCAGACUCCAGGCUCUGAGCAAGCGGUCAGCACAGAGCCUGAUGCAGGGCUCAAACCCACGAACCGUGAGACUGUGACCUGAGCCAAAGUCAGACUCUCAACCGACUGAGCCACCCAGGCGCCCCGAUACUUUUAGUUUUCAAAGUGCUUCUAUAUCCUUUAAUCCCACUGAAACCACUGAGUGAAGCUUUGCAGUUUCUUUUGCUCUAAUACGUGGUCAGUUUCCGCGAUGUGCAUUAAAAGGAAGUGUCUCUGGGGGGUACAAAGUUUGAUACGGACACAAGAAAUGCAGUUCAUAGAUUAUACUGUUUAGGUUUUCUGUAUUAGUUUUUUGGCCUUUUGAUGCAUCUGGGACUGAAAGUCGUGUGUUUCAGUCUCCCGUUAUUAGCAUUUGUAUUUCUUCUUGCAGUUCCCAUAAUUUCUGUGCUGUCUGAAUGCCCAGAUGGCCUGGCUCUUCUGUCAUCUUCAUAUAUCAUUCAUUCAGUGCUUGGGAGUCUGAGUUCUGUCUUGUCCUCUAUCAAGAUCACAGCCCCUGCUUGCUUUUCGUUUAUGUUUGCUUGCUGUGUCUUUCCUAUUCCUUUAUUUGUAGUCUUUCCAAAUCACUGUUUUAGAUUUAGAUUUCUUAGAGUUGGGUUUUGUUCUAUGAAGCAUUCUGAAACUGCUUUUAAAAAUUAUCCUCAUUUUUAAUUGAUAAGAUACCCAUAACGUAAAAUUUGCCCCCUUAACCAUUUUUGAGUAUACAGUUCAGUAGUAGCAUGUACAUUCACAUCGUUGUGCGGUAUGGAGAUCUCCAGAACCCUCUUCAACUUGCAGGACUGAAGCUCUCUACCCAUUAAACAACUCGCUCUCCAGCCCCUGACAACCACUGUUCUACUUUCUGUCUCUAUGAAUUUUACUACUCUGAGUACCUGAUAAAGUGAAAUCCUACAGUAUUUGACCUUUUGUGUCUGGCUUAUUUCACUCAGCACAAUGUCCUCAAGGUUCAUCCACAUUGUAGCAGCUGUCAGAAUUUCCUUUCUUUUUCAGGCUGAAUAGUGUUCCAUUGUAUAUAUAGUAAAAACCUGGGAUUGUGAGCAACCUGUUCUGUGAGUGUUCCACAAGACGAGCAAACAUUUCUAAUAAAUUUUAACUUGAUAAACGA